UGAUGCCUCUGCAGCCCACAGACGGAGCGAUGCAGGAAGACACUCCACUGUAUGGGACCUUACCAUCCAAGUGACGUCCUAUAUGAUCAAUUCUGACUUGUAAUAAUCUCAAAGCAAAAGGAGCCAUUUCAGCGGAAUUGUGCGGAUUACUGUUGAUGCGCCUGUCGAGUCUACUGGAUUGACAAGGUGAAAAAAUGUGCACACAUAAAGGAAUAGGACCCUGGAAUUAAGCACAGGAGAAAAAAGAUGUCAAAAAUGAGACAAUAAAGAAGAGCUAGUUCUGGGGCCUGUGCCGACUUCCUGUGGUAGCAGUUGGAUGUGCACGUUGACCCAGCCACGAUGACAAUGAAAGGCCUGUCAAGCAGCCGCAGUCACCAUCACACGGUGACCUGUGACCCCUCUUAUGACUCCAUGACCCUGGGGCAUUCAGAUCGUCGGUCCUACUUCCUCAAUCCUGGGGAGGCUCAUUCUGCUGACCACCCCUGCUUCACCCAACGUAACUCCUUCCAGUCUGAGUGCAGCACCUACCCAGAUCUGGCCAGCUGCACCUUCCCUCGCAGACAUUACAGCUCCCAUCACGAGCUAAAGGAGGAGUGUGGCGCUGUGGUGCCUUAUACCGGGCCAACAGGGAGCAUUAAGAGCAGUGGAGGAGGUGGUGGUGGAAACAACAAUCGCAUCCCUUCUAAUUUGCUGGACCAGUUUGAUCGGCAAGCACCAGUGCGGCGUGAAGGCUACCACACGCUGCAGUACAAGCGCACUGCAGUAGAGCACCAACGCAGCGACAGCCCGGGUCGAAUCCGCCACCUCGUUCAUUCUGUCCAGAAGCUUUUCACCAAGUCUCACUCCUUGGAGGGGCCCUCGGGGUCAGGUGGAGGAGGGAGUGGGCGGAUGAACGGCAGCAAAUCAAGCCCAGAUGACCCACCCUCUUCCUCUGGCACCCUGAAGCACAGCAAGCGCAGUAAAAGCAAAGACCGCUCGAAGUCAGAACCUAAGAUGCGCUCCGCCAUCUCGGGCUACUGGAGCUCUGAUGACACACUCGACCGGGAGGUUUGCCUCUACCACCAUCACCACGGGGGCAGCAGUGGAGGCCUCCCCUCUGGGGUCAUGACUAUGGGCCGCCAUCCGGACAAAUCCCAGUCGCAAUACUUCAUGGAGUCCUAUAACACUAUAAGCGCCCACUCUCUCAAGACGUCUCGCAGCAACAACGAUGUGAAGUGUUCGACGUGCUCUGGCGGAAGCAGCAGCGGAGGCCUGCCGCUCGUAGCCGCACUGGAUGGCCCGGUGCAGCUGAAGAAGAGCUCAUGGUCCUCUACUCUGACGGUGAGCAGGGCAAGAGAGGUCUACCAGAAGGCCUCAGUCAACCUAGAUAAAGCUCUAGUGAAAGCCGAGCAGGGGCGCACCUGCCACUUCCUACAGGUGCCUCAGGAUGACUGGAGCAGUUUUUCUCCACUGGGGAAGGAUGACGAGAUCCCGUGUCGGCGGAUGCGCAGUGGCAGUUACAUCAAGGCCAUGGCAGAAGAAGACAGCGGCGACUCGGACUGCAGCCCAAAACCCUCACCUAAGGUCCAGGCACGGCGGGCCAGCUACCUGAAGGCCACGCAGCCGUCGCUCACCGAGAUGACCACGCUCAAGAUCUCAACCGAGCACUCUCCUAAGCUGCAGAUCCGGAGUCACAGCUAUCUGCGGGCGGUGAGUGAGGUUUCCAUCAAUAGGAGUCUGGACAGCUUGGACCCGGCAGGGCUGCUGGCCUCGCCUAAAUUCCGCUCGCGAAACGAGAGCUACAUGAGAGCCAUGAGCACCAUAAGCCAGGUAAGCGAGGUGGAGGUGAACGGGCAGAUCGAGGCCGUGUGUGAGUCAGUGUUCAGUGAGAUGGAGUCGCAGGCGGUGGAUGCCCUGGACCUGCCCAUGCCCGGCUGCUUCCGCAUGCGGAGCCACAGCUACGUGCGUGCCAUAGAGAAAGGUUGCUCGCAGGAGGAGGGGGAAGGAGGCGUCAUGGUGGCCAACAGGAGGGCCAACUCUCCUCCACGCACCACUACCACCGUUAGAACCAUCCAGAGCAGCACAGUGUCAUCAUGCAUCACAACUUACAAGAAGACACCUCCCCCAGUCCCCCCACGGACCACCCCAUCCAAACCCUUCAUAUCCAUCACCGCCCAAAGCAGCACUGAGUCUGCUCAGGAUGCUUACAUGGACGGGGGCUCAGGCCCGAGGGCAGGUAUCAGCUCCCAGCCGGGCCUGUCCAACUCCACAGAGAGCAUCGACAGCAUGAAGGCCCUGACGGCCGCCAUAGAAGCGGCCAACGCUCAGGUGCAUGGCCCCGCCAGCCAGCACGUCACCAACAGCACCAUCACCAUCACUGCCACCGCCACCACUUCAGCCGUCGCGCACGUCUCUGCUGACAGCAAAGCGCAGAGGGAAGCGCUUCGCAAGUGCCUCUCCAUAGGGAUCCAGGUGGACCCAGAGGAAGGAGGGCAGACAGAGGAGCAGUCUAAAUUCCAGUCGAUAGGAAUUCAGGUGGAGGACGAGCGCUGUUACCGCAGAAUGACCCGAUCCAACAGUGUAACCACGGCGGUACAGGCUGACCUCGAUGACCCCGCCGACGGGGAGCUGCCGCUGCGUCACUGCGCUACCAUGCCGCGCCAGCACUCCCGAGAUGCCGCUACUUCCACUGUCAGCAUCCAAGGUUCAGGUAACCACUACCACGCCUGCGCUGGAGACGACUAUGGAGAAGUGGGGUUCGACCCGUCCAUCCUGCCCCCUCCGGACCCUUGGAUGGACAACGUGGCCGAGCCUGAGGUGGACGCUUUGGAGGCCGUCGCCCGUUCCGUGUGCCCCCGUGAUGGCCGCUGGUUCCUGAAGCUCCUGCAAGCUGAGACGGAGCGCAUGGAGGGUUGGUGUAGACAGAUGGAGCAGCAUGAGAUGGAGAACGAGCUGCCUGAUGAGAUCCUGGGGAAGAUCCGCAGUGCAGUGGGGAGUGCCCAGCUGCUGAUGUCCCAGAAGUUCCAGCAGUUCCGGGAGCUGUGUGAAGAGAAUCUGAACCCAAAUGCACACCCACGGCCCAUCUCCCAGGACCUCGCAGGUUUCUGGGACAUGCUCCAGCUGUCUAUUGAGAACAUUAGCCUGAAGUUUGAUGAACUCCACCAACUCAAAGCGAACAACUGGAAACCUCUGACUCCCCCGGAAAUUCAGGAGAGAAGGAUGCCCCCUCCUGUGCCAAAGAAGCCCCUGAAGGGCCACCCUCCCCUGGCUAGGGACCGCUCGCUGGAGAGCUCCGAGCGCCAGCGUCUGGAGGCUCGCAAACGGCUGCUAGCUGCCAAACGUGCUGCGUCGGUUCGGCAGAGCUCUGCCACAGAGAGCGCAGACAGUAUCGAGAUCUAUAUCCCUGAGGCUCAGACCAGACUAUGAAACACAUGUACCUAAACAAAAAAAAUACCCGACACACUGUCCCAUAUAUACAAUAGCACUGAAUGGUAAGGCUAGGGUGCUAACACAGUAACAUAAUCACACUUUUGCAGACUUUCCAGGUCACUGUGACAUCUGUCACUAUGGAAGUUGUUUGAACAAGAAAUGUAUAUUUACAGUAUUUAUUUAUUUAUUUAUCCAUCCCCUUGUCGUUUCCUUCUCCCAGCAUUGAUGUAGCACUUCCUCUUGUCUUUUUGGACCUCCGCCCACCCCUCACCCAAAGAAGUAUGUUAUAUAAAGCCCUUUUUUAAGUGACCUGAUUUUACAAAGCAAGCAACGUGUAGCACAGCAGUGAGGCUUCACAUUAAGUAGUUUCAGGUGCUGGGGAUCAGAGGGAGCAUUCAUGUACAUGUGGAGUGUCAGCAUGUAUACAUGUACACAUGCAAACACACACAGAGUACAUGAUGUAUAUAUGGUCUGAUCUGCCAAGAACACAUACAUCAAGUCAAACAGGGAGACCCGACCGGCCCUUCUGACUUCUUUUUUUUUUAAUUUCGGAUUUUUAUCAGUGUCCUGUAAUGUGAUUCUAAAGACACAAUGUUGAUUCUCGGUUUGUGUAGCUAUGGGUCAAACACUAGAACAGACUAAGAAGACCAGACAAGGAAAUUCUAGUGUCACCUGUGGAACAAUUCAGCCUCUGUUUGAAAAUGGGCCACGUAGGAAAGGUCAGGAGGUCAGAUUCGCUCCUGCAGGUGAGGCAAAAUGACUAAUAAUCCAAGAGCAGAUUUUAGAGGCCCUGUCAAGAAUGCAGUUGUGAAAGAAUCACUGUUCUAAAAUGCCACAAAAACGAAUCUGUGUGUGAGCAACAGGAGCAUAUGUGAUACAAGUGUUCAUUUUUAAAAGUGCUUCCUAUUUUUCUAGGUCUGAAGGGUCCUAGAGGUAAUUUCUCAAUAAGGUAGCAGUAUCAACAAACUGUAAACAAACAGACGCCCAUCUUGUCUCAUUUUAAACUGAGCAAAACAUGUUUGUAUAAAGAACAUCAUAUUGUUAUGACAUGACAUGCAUGCUGACACAAGAUAACUGAUAUUUUUGUCUUUUUCAUCACUUUUUUUAGUCCUUUCUCAUGUUGUGUUCAAACUCUUCGCUGUUACAGAGUAAGCUAAAAAUACUGAUAUUUGGUACGAUACAGGUAGUUGUACUAUAUUUUACUAUGUCAUUUUUAGACAAGAAAGGUUUAUUGACAGUAUUGAGACUAAAGGACUGAAAAGGGACUAUUUUCUCCUCACUGUGUGUGCACUAUCUCUGCCUCCAAAUGAAGCAAUUAUUCGAGGGUCAUAAAAAGAUUCAAUUUCUAAUAUUUUGUAUUCAUGUUUAAUUUAUUGAUUAGGAAAACAAUGACUGUUUAUUGACAUUGUGAUUAUUAUUAUGCACUGACAACAAGGCCCUUAUACUGUGCUUAUGUUUUGUUUUUGUUGGUUCUUUAGCAUGACUGGCACCUUUUCUCUUUUCUGUUUCAGUGAUCAGCCUUAAUUUCUAAUAUGAUAGUCGAGCACAACAGCAGUCUCAGGGGAAGAAGUGUGUGUAUAUGUGUGUGUGUGUGUAUGUGUGUGUGUGUGUGUGUUUGUGUUUGCGAGCUGAUUUCAUGUGACUGUAUGUGAUCCAUGGCUUUGCCUCUAACUGUGUAUAUAACCCCCCCGUCAUCAGGACAGGCCAUGAUUUUAAAUAAGGGUCAUAGUAUCCACGCCACUUUUUUGAAUGAUGUUUCUGUUGAACAUUGGCUUCAAUGUAACCAAGUAUUUUCUGUCAGCUGCUUGAAUGUGGAGACAAUCUAGAGCCAGUUUACGUCAAGUUAUGGUUUCGGUACCAGAAGAGCGGGACGUUUUUGCGAGCCAGUUCUCUGUGUUGACAAAGUUUUGUGCCAUUGGAUAAGUUUAGGUAAAUAUAUAUUCCUCAUAAUGGUCCCUACUGAAAGGAUACCAGAUGUUUUUAUUUAGAGAAAUUUGUUUGUGAAGGAAUUCCAGUGAUGAAGUAACCAUAAAGUAUGUCCUUUAGUUAUGGUAUGAAUUUUAGAAAGGGUGCAUACGAGUAACAAUAGUUUAAACUCAAAUGCCAUUUUAUGUAGAUGAACAUUUUAGUAUUUUUCACACUAAAAACUUGUAUUUGAAUUGAAUUGUCUGUCAAAUGAUUAACUUAUUAUUUAUGUUUAUUAUAUUAACAUAUCAAUAUAAUACUCCUGGUAUAGCAGGGAGUUAGAAACCAGAAUGUUGGAUUGUGGUUAAAUGCUAAACUCAAAAGUCACUUCAGCAAUCCUGGUAAUUCUGAAGCUUGUGAUGUAGUCAUAUUAAGAGAAAAAAUAAAUAUUUGUACAUAAAUGAAUGUUUCCCUAUGUAAAUGUAAACUAAAAACCCAAUCAAAUAACAUAUUAAGCAGAUAUACAUUUUGUAAGUAAUGUUAUUACACUGUUGAUGUUAUGGCACGUGUAUGAGCUCUUAUCAGCAUUAAAAAUAUCAUUGCCAUAA